AUGUUCUCCUUUAUCAAUCGAACAGUGUUCGAUAUACCAUUAACCUGGAAUCGAACUCGUUUUGAAGCUACACGUGUUAAAUAUCGACAAGCUCGAAAAUUAAUUGAGAUCAGUAUUAAUGUACAAUAUGAAAAACAAUUAAAAGAUAUUCAUCUUCAAAAUCUUGACAUUGAAAAAACUAUAACUGAAACAAAUGAACAUUUACUUAAACAUGAAAAAAAAGUUCAUAUAUUUGAUAAUUUAACUGAAAUAGCUUCACAAUCAUUACCAAAUUAUUUUGAUAAACGUAUGGAAAAUGUUCGUACCAUGAUACAAGAACAUUGUAGUGCUAUUCAAAAAAUUCUUCAUGAAGAAAAUGAAUAUUGGAAAGAAAUUCAUUCUGCUAUUGAUCAAAAUUUGAUUACUUCCAAUGAUAUUCAUCCAUGUAUAGAAAAUAUUCAAACAACAAAUGAAGAACAAAAUAUUUUAGAAUUACUUAAUGAUCAACCACAAAUACUUGUCCAUAUUGAUCAUCCUUCAUCAACUGAAAAUCUAAUAUCAACUAAACAAGAACGUAUGAGUAUUGUUCUAAACCCGAUCGAAUCCAUUCGAAUUCUUCCUUCUAUUAAUGCAACAUAUGUUAUUAAACCUGAAGAAACAACAAACACAGAAACAAAUGAUUCAUUACCAAUGGAAAUUUCUUCACAUAUACCUUCAACAGAAAUUGAUGUAUCACAAAUAUAUUCUCAACCUAACCCUCCAGCACAACUUUAUUUUUCUCCAACAAUUCUUCAAGAUGAAGCAUCUGAAUCAAUUAAAAAUGUACUAUCACCACUUGAUCAAAAUCAAACUAUUAAUUUAGUCAAACCAAAAGUAAUAAUUCCUCGAGUUCAUGAAAGUUUUUUAAUUGAUCAUCUUAAAAAAAAAGAAACUAAUAAUAUUGAAAAUAAUGAAUCGAAUAUUCAUCAACAAAAUUCUUUUAUUUUUCCAGAACCGAUGUCUAAACUUGGAACACAUUCUACAAAAAAAAAUGAAUUAGAAUCAAUUGAUAUAACAAAAAAUAUAAAACAAACACGAAAACGAAAACAAUCAAUAUCAGAAGAUAAUGAUACAAAAUCGAAUACGAUUGUUUUACGUAAAAGAAAACCGAUUUCAUUUGUUGAAAUUGAAGAAGAAAAACCAAAAAGAAAAACAACAAAAAAACGAAAAACUAAAAAAACCAAUGAAAAUGAAAUACCAAUUCGAGAACCAUCACCUUUACCUAUCAUAGAUCGAACAAUACAUUAUAGUACUCGUUUUUCUACACGUUCUCAUCGAUUAAACAAUUUAACAUUGCCAAUGAUUAAUAUAGAAAGUGACGAUGAUAAUAAUAAUAAUAAUAAUAAUAAUAAAUCGAAAUCUCGUUCUCAACAUGGAAAAAAAAUCAUCAAACAAAAAUCGAACCAAUCAAAAAAAUCUUCUAAAUCAACAAAAAAAUAA